GGGCCUUCCAGAUCGUUCAAACACCACACGGUUAUGAUGGAUAUGGGACUAGGUGAAGAUGGUGGUACACUGAAGCAAGCCUCUCAUGUCUGGGCUAUGCUUGAUGAGAUGGCCAAUUCUGAUCCUGCGGCAUACCAGAGAUUCAUCAAGAAAACCAUGGAAGAAGGAAAAGAGAACAUGGAUCUUCCCAAGCCAUUCGCCUGCAUGAAGACAUCUAUCAUUACCCCAUCAAAGUCUGUGUUGUAUAUCAACCUGUGUAGCUGGAAGAAGAUCCCUAAACCUUCUACUGAUUCUGACCCCAUUGCAGUGGCUACAGGACCUCUUGAAGAUAGCAAAGAUGCUUCAGGUAAAUACAGUGUUGUCCGAUUGGCUUUCAAUCCUUACGUUCUAGAAGAGAGUUUUCAAAAUGCUGUCGAUCGUGACCUUCUGAUCAACCUCGGAAUGGACUAUGUGGAGAAUCAACACAAAGUUAAACUCUCCAGGUCGUACAAAGAGUGCCAAGGCCUCAAGUUCAAAGGAGACAUCUCCACGUUGACAUCGGCAAAGCGGUUCUUCGGGAAGCGGGAGAAGACGGAAGCAGAAAUCUUGGAGGAGAACCUUGCGGGACUCAGCCCGGACACGCUCCUGGGGAAGAUCCAUGAAUUGUCAAAUCAGGACCUAGGGCAGUCAGAACUGGAGGACAGGCUGAAGGAUCUUGCUGUACAAAAAAAUGUAGGAUCCACCAAAGAUCCAGGUGGAAACAGGAAAGGUGGACUGAUCCAGGAGAUCUCUAGCACCAAGUUGGAGCUGCCAGAGCCGGAGUACAGUCUUGAUCUCCAGGAGGGUGAUGAGAAGGGUCCCAGGAGACUUGAGUUGAGAUUGGAGCUUCAUGGUGUACAAUCCGUCUCUCAGUGUGAACUGGACAUCUCAGAGGAUGAAGUCAGCCUGUUUGUCGAGGGGAAGUACGACCUCCACCUACGUUUUCCAGAACUGAUCUCCGAGUCUGACGCGAAGGCCAGGUUUUACAAGAAAUCUUCAGUGCUGUUGGUCACAUUACCAACCCAGAGAUGACAUCAUAUGAGGAGGCUUUCACAGGUGAGUUAAGAGCCAAGACUGCUUCAGGCUGUCAAGUGUGCAUCUAUCGAAGCAAAGAUGGUUGACGCGUCAAGAAGACCGUCGCUAACGGAACCCACAAAGACAACAGGUGUGCGCGUAUGUUUAUCAUUGAUUCAGAGAGUAUCAAAUGUCAUGUAUUCCUUUAAAGGGCUUUCGCACCUGUGGCCCAUAACAUAAAGCUUAGUAAGAUUUUCAUCAUAGAACUUUUUGUUAUUGAUCGCAUAGACAAUUAUUUUCAAUCAUUUAAAAUCAAGUGUACAAGUAAGCACAAUCCUUUGUGUUACGGCACCCUGCACGUUCUAACGAGCCAUUGUAUUACGUAAUUAUAAUAUUAUUUAGGUAGCAGUUCUUCAUAUCAAUGUUUAAUUGUCAGAAAUAAAUGUAGGAUUACAUUAACAUGCUUAAAAGAUUGAGGUGUACUCAAGGGUUAUAAAUCAAUAAUGACUACAGGAAUUGUUGAAAUAAUAUAUGCUUAAUAGCUGCUAAAUACAGUGAUUAGCUGGAUCAAUGAGGAAAAUUUAGACAUGUUUUAGAUGUCAAUUUCAAUUUUUAUCCACCCUUUCCUAUUAUUUGUGAUCGUUUCUGUUAUGUAAUGAAAGCCUGCUGGGAUUGUGACAUACAAACUAUCAGUCAUUUAACUUGCUCUCAUUUGAGAAAAUUUUUGGUAGCUACAUGUAUUGUGCAGUAAAUAUUCAGUUCCAUGUCUUAAUCUAAUAAUACCCUCGAUCAGAAUUCGUAUCCUCGUCGAAAUAACAUUCUAUUAUGAAUCGGUUAAGAUUCCAAUGAUAUCUUAUCGCGACCCAAACGUUGAUCAAUGCCACAAAUUCGUGGGCUGAGAUACGAUUGAGUUUGUACCAAUUAAGGUAAUGAAAAUCUUUAAACUUUGAUGUAGAUCUAGAUUACCAUUUUUGUCAAGUUCAACUAACUUCAAGUUUUGGCAACGUAAUCGUCAGGACACAAGUUUGCUUGUACGGGACUAUUCACUUCAGCGCUGCGGAUCUGUUUGAACUCUGGGAAACAUUAUUUUGGUUAAGACUUCUCAAUGCUUCUGUGUUAUUUACUGUCUAUCCUGUACUUUUUUUAAUAUUGGGUAGAG